AUUCCACGCAGGCUCGAUUGAUCCGGAAGUAAAUACCGGCUUGCGGAAGUUUGUCUCGAAGAAAUGGGUGUAACGUGUGUGUGUCAGGUGCCGGUGGCCGAGGGUAAGAGUGUCCAGCAGACGGUGGAUCUUCUGCACAGGAAGCUGGAGCAGCUGGGAGCGGUAAAGCAGGGGAACUUCUGGGUGGACUGCGAGACGUAUCACGCCACAGGAAAUGCCACCGGUCAGCCGUCAAAGCUGCUGUACGUGAUGCACAACUCGGAGGCGCCAUUGAGCUGCAUGGCUCUGUUCGAGGGUGGACCAGGACUCAGCGCCGAUGCAAACUUCGAUGUCCUCAUGGUCAAACUCAAGAGUCACUUCCAGAAUGCAAAAGGACACAAAGUGGAGAGUCGCGGCACUCGCUAUCGCUACUGCGACUUUCUGGUGAAGAUCGGCACCGUCACCAUGAGCUCCAGUGCACGAGGGAUUUCAGUUGAGGUGGAGUACUGUGCGUGUGUGAUUCCCGGCGACUGCUGGAACCUCAUGAAGGAAUUUAUGCAGAGUUUCCUAGGCUCAAACACGCCCGAGCUGCCGACGGUGUUCACGAAUAAAGCGGAGGGACUGUACGUGCCGGUGGACUGCAUGGACACCAUGAGCCAAUACCUGGAGCUCUUCAGUAAAGUGCGCAAACAGCAGGUCCUGCCAGGCAGUGGUGUACGCUAAACCUGAAUAAACACUAGCGCAAACUGUGUCCUUAUAUAGAGAGAACUUUAUAUAAGCUACGUGACGAGAACAUUUCUCAUUUAUUGUCAUUUUAAGUAUUGCCAAAUGCAUCUGUUUAUGCGGGGGGUUUUUUGUAGCUGCUUAUUUUCUGUGUUUGUACUUGUUUUUUGUAAAAUAAACAAUUUACGUUGAA